AUGGCACAAGAAAGCCUCUGGGACGGCGUGGCUGCCAUGCCGGCAGACGCCAUUUUCUCCAUCGCCGCGCAGGCAAAGAAGGCGCAGGAGCCGAAGGCCGACCUCAUCAUUGGCGCCUACCGCGACGCGGAAGGCCGCCCGUACCCGCUCAGGGUUGUGCGGAAGGCCGAACGCCGCCUCCUCGACAUGAAUGUCGACAAGGAGUACCUUCCCAUGGCAGGGUUUGCGCCGUUCAUUGAGGAGUCGAUAAAGCUCGUCUACGGCGACAGCGUGACGCGCGAAAAGGUGGUGGGGGCGCAGGGACUGAGCGGCACCGGCUCGCUCUGCCUCGGCGCGUUUUUCCUCUCCCACGCCCUCUCGCCGAGGCCGCCCGUGUACAUUUCCGACCCAACCUGGCCCAACCACUACGCCGUGAUGGCCGCGGCUGGCAUGACCGACCUGCGCCAGUACCGCUACUACGACGCCGCCCGCUGCGGACUUGACUUCGAUGGCCUCAUGGCCGACCUCGGCGCGGCGCCGGCGGGCAGCGUCGUCAUCCUGCACGCCUGCGCGCACAACCCGACGGGUGUGGACCCGACCCACAAGCAGUGGGCCGAAAUUGCCAAGCUGUUCAAGGCACGGCGCCUCAUUCCCUUCUUUGACUCCGCGUACCAGGGCUACGCCACCGGCAACCUUGAGAACGACGCCUACGCGGUUCGCCUCUUCGCGCGACAGGGCAUGGAAAUGCUGGUGGCGCAGUCGUAUUCAAAGAACAUGGGACUGUACUCGGAGCGCGUGGGCGUUUGCUCCGUCGUCACCGCCAGCCCCGCCAAGGCGUGCGUGAUCAAGUCGCAGUUUGAGCACAUCGCACGUAGCCUGUACUCCAGCCCGCCGUCGCACGGCGCCCGUGUGGCGCACCUCGUCUUAAGCGACCCUGAACUCCGCGCAGAGUGGGAGGAGGAGCUGCGCGGGAUGUCGCAGCGCGUGCAGGAGAUGCGCCACGACGUGUACAACGGACUGAAGCAGCGCGGCACCCCCGGCAGCUGGGAGCACGUUAUCAAGCAGGUGGGCAUGUUCUCCUACCUUGGCCUCACCAGGGCCCAGUGCGAGCGGCUCAUCGAGAAGCGCGUAUUUGUGCUGAAGUCAAGCCGGGCGAACAUGGCCAGCCUGACGAAGGGGACGGUGGAACUGCUUGUCGACGCCAUUGACGACGUGGUGCGCAACGGCAACGCCUCCUUGUGA